AUGGCGGAAUACAAAGCCUGCAUCAUGGGUCUAGAAGAAGCCAUUGAUCUUAGAACAAAAAAUCUCGAUGUUUAUGAAGACUCAGCUCUAGUUGUCAAUCAAAUUAAAGGAGAUUGGGAAACUCGUCAACCCGGCCUAAUCCCAUACAAAGACUAUGCAAGAAGGUUAUCUACUUUCUUCAAUAAUAUUGAAUUUCAUCAUAUCCUUCAUGAGGAAAAUCAAAUGGAAGAUGCCUUGGCAACUUUGGCUUCCAUGAUCAUUGUGAAUCGUUGGAAUGAUGUGCCUAAGAUCGAUGUUAUUUGUCUUAAUAGACCUGUUCAUGUAUUUGCAAUGGAAAAAGUCUCUGAUGACAAGCCAUUGUACCAAGACAUCAAGUGUUAUCUUCAGAGUCAAGAAUACCAACCUGGGGCAUUAAACAAAGAUAAGAAGACCUUGAAAAGAUUGGCUAAUAACUUCUUUCUGAAUGAAGAUGUGCUAUACAAGAAAAACUUUGACAUGCUUGAGUUUGGAAAAAAGACCGUUUACCUUGGGCAUCAUAAAUUUCUAAAACCUAAUCAUCCUUCUAGUAGAUUUCAAAAGGCUUUUAACAGAGAGCAAGAGUUUGAAAUCGCUCUUAAACCUUUAACUGGCGAUGAAGUUUAUCAAUAA